CAGAUCCCAUUACAGAUGGUUUUGAGCCACCAUGUGGCUCUCCAGCUCCUUAGGUUCUAGUGUCUAUGGCUGUAAAACAAUGUUGAUAAUUUCUGAGAACUAUCCCAGCUGUAAUGUCGAUUGGUAUGUGAGACUGAAACAAAAAACAGGUAAUGACCCCUCAGUUUAGUAGAGACAAGCCUCUUUUGAUUUCUGAACAUUUGCUUUUCUAACAUCUAUUUUCCUAGAUGUUUUUCUGCCCUAUGGACUUUGGUGGAGGUUGAGGGGCAGCACCAGCCGGUCUAAAUCAUGGUGGGGGUGUUAGGUCCUUGCAACUUCACAAGGUCGAUUCCUUACUACCUUGCUAUGAAUGUCACUGAUCCCUGGGUAGUGCACAGAAGCAUUGGAGACACUUGAUUUGAAAAUGUCCCUGAUGGUAGUAGCCUUUAUGAUGUUUGGAACUUCUUUUUUUGUUUUGUUUUGUUUUGUUUUGUUCUUCGAGACAGGGUUUCUCUGUAUAGCCCUGGCUGUCCUGGAACUCACUCUGUAGACCAGGCUGGCCUCAAACUUCUUAAUGGUUUUGUCCUUUGGCAUGAACCACGUGCAGUUCAUACAGUGCGUUGCCUUCACAUAGCUACAGCCCUUUUUGGUGUGACUGUUGUUUCUCCUCUUUUUUUUUUUUUGGAUCAUGUUGGAGCCAAGACCAGAAAGCAUCCUUUCUAGGUUCUUCAGCAGGAGGAAUGAUUUCUUAGGCCUGUCCUUGGUUUUAAAUCUAGGACUCCAUAAAGGAGCUUAAAGAAGAGAAGAAGAAGCUGGUCAGAGAUUUUGAUGAAAAGCAACAGGAAGCAAAUGAAACGUUGGCAGAGAUGGAGGAAGAACUACGAUAUGCACCCCUGACUUUCCGUAACCCCAUGAUGUCUAAGCUGCGAAACUACCGGAAGGACCUUGCUAAACUCCACCGUGAGGUGAGAAGUACACCUUUGACAGCCACACCUGGAGGCCGAGGAGAACUGAAGUAUGGCACAUAUGCCUUAGAGAAUGAGCAUUUGAAUCGGCUACAGUCUCAAAGAGCAUUGCUUCUACAAGGCACUGAAAGCCUGAACCGGGCCACCCAAAGCAUCGAGCGCUCUCAUCGGAUUGCCACAGAAACUGACCAGAUUGGUUCAGAAAUCAUAGAAGAGCUAGGGGAGCAACGAGACCAGUUGGAACGUACCAAGAGUAGACUGGUGAACACAAAUGAAAACUUGAGCAAAAGCCGAAAGAUUCUUCGUUCAAUGUCCAGAAAAGUGAUAACCAACAAGCUGCUGCUCUCCGUCAUCAUCCUGCUGGAGCUAGCCAUCCUGGUCGGUCUGGUGUAUUACAAAUUCUUUCGACACCACUGAACUUCUGUAGGGAAGGCAUUGUGGACCAGAAUCUUGCCUCUGAAUGAAUGGUGUUAGGGAUAUAUGUUGCUGCUGUGGGCUAACAGUUCAAAAAAGUAUUGUCUUGUCAGACUAUGGGAGGAAGGGCAAUGGAAAACACAUAAAUGUGAAGAAAUGGCAACAAGACAAGUGUGUAUACUAAGGUAAUAAAUGCUGUUUAUGACUUCUUCACACUUACAUGUAUAACAUUAAUAGCUUGUAAACUUCAAAAACAAAUAACAAAAUACAUUUACAGUAAA